AUGUCCUAUAGUAUUGCUUUCGCAGUUUCAACAUAUCUCAGUUACGUGGUUGGGUCUGGCUUUGGUUCUCGAGAACCAUCUCGUAAUUAUGGUGCCUUUGGAAAGAAAGACUCGGGUCUCGAUGGCCGAUUGCUACCAUUGUGGGUUGUUGAACUGUGGGAAUCGGGAAAUGUUUCUACUUUUGAUCGGAAGGAGCAACAUCCAUGUUUAAUCCUGGUCCGUAUUAUGACGCUUUGA